GAAAAUCGCGUUCGAUUGAAGUAACGAGCAAAAGCAACAACGCGAUACUCAUUGGUUAUACGUGUUCGAAUGGUUUCUGACGCUGUAUCUUGCUAAAUCCAUCAGCAAGGAUUCGUAUCUACAUAACGACCUCAGCCUUGCGAAUCAUUCGGUGUCUAGCCAACAGAACGAUCGUAGCAGACCUGGUCAUAAAUCGCUGUACUAAGACGCUCAAGCCGCCAGGCCGCUCGAAUACCAAUGACGACUCUUACUCUAGGCCUCUAAGUGCCACGACCCUCUUCAUCCUCUUCUCCCUCGAUCUCGAAGCUUUCGAUUUUUUUUUUAUUGGGGCAUUGAAUGCAGGCUAUCUCGUCGUUCGAUUCCAUUCUUCCUCCCAUCAUUCCGUUCCCUAGAGGCUCACCGCCCUCUAAUCUAAACAACACCCGGCAUUGUCACUAUCAUAAUCACCGCUGGUUCGUUUCGUUCGUCACAUCCAAAGCCGAAAGCGAUUGUUUGAUGCGGAGGACUCAAAGGGCCUUUCUUCCUUGUAACGACCUCUUUUGACAGAAAGGUUACCGAGUAACUAUAACAGCUUAUAUCAUCAUGGAUGGUGGAGGACCGAAGGACUCGCGUGAGCGUUUAUAUGCUCGCGCCUCUUCACGAGCCAGUACUGCUAGCACCACGAACACUCAGAUGACUCCGAAAAGCGCGAAUAGCUCCUCUUCACACCUUCGAGAAACAACACAUACGAAUUCGCAUCCCACACAUAAAUACCAUCAUGGCCAUUGCAGCAAGGGUUCAACGGGUGCCCGGCCUAUGUCGAGAUUGUCCAGAGAACCUAGCGAUGAAUUACGAAAAUCGACAACGAUGGUGUCUAGUUUCUUACAGGAGAGGUUACAGCAAGAAAGGAAUGAAAGGCAGGCGAGCAAAUUAGGUAACGACAUGAGUGCUUCCACCGGUGAUAUACGGGAAAGGGAUGUACAGGACUCACCCGUUCGACGGAGUACAACCGCAAUGGGUCGGCGACAGAGACUAGAUGGCGGUGAUGAACCCACCAAAGAUUCCGGAAUGGGGGCUAGGCAAAUGGAACAGACACUCUCGACCCUACACAAACAGAAUUUUGACCUAAAGCUAGAGUUGUACCAUCGGCGAGAGAAACAAACGGCUUUGGAAGAGAGGGUUGAGAAGCUUGAAUCUCAUCAACAUGAGAUGAUGGACCUUCAUGAUAGCAUUAUGAAAGAGCUUGAAACCAAGGAUAACGCCUUAGAGGAGGCCAUUACGCUGAUAAUGGAAUUGGAAACGCGAGUUGAUGAGCUGGUUCAAGAAAGAAACAUGGUGAGGCAGGUCGAGGCAGACGGGUCAUAUCGUCACUCCUCCUCAGAUGAACCACCGUCAGUUUCCGCGAUUCCUGCCACUCCAAAGCCUACAAGUCUUUUCGUCCCGCGCUCAACCGGAGAUGGUAAGAGCCUUGGACGUGUGCCUAGCUUCCUUUCGGAAUACAGCCAGCAAACUGAGAACCUACGAAAUGUGGUCUUGAAAGGACGGAGUAGUGUGAUGCAUCUACGGAAGGCUUCCGGAUCCAGUGUCGAUCAGGGCAUUGACUCAACUGAGAUUAAUCGUAUCGCGAGUCCUAGCCUAAGCGUACUCAGCGAAAGUUCUUUCGUGAGUAUAUACGGCGCAAAGGAUGAUCGAGAUAAGACAGACCAUCAGCCGUCAGACGAUAUAGCGGGCAUGGAUGGCAGUUACACUGACCGCUCGGCAACGCCCUCAAGGAAGUUGGCCAUGGAGAGUCGAGGUAGCCGCAGGAGUAGUACACCAAACCAUAUAUCUACCACUCCUGGAGGCGGCGCUAGGUUGUCGACCAAUAUGCAAUCUCUGAACAACAUUCUCGAUAUGGACUCGCCGCUACAAAAGAUAGAACGUCUCGACGGGCGAAUUACUGUUGCCGAUAAUACUUCCGAAUAUCCCGCGGUCGAUCGCGGUCGAGGUGCCGCGACCCCAAUUCCCGGUAAAGCUCCUAUGAACUAUCCACAACAGAGCAAAUCCAAACAGGAAAAAAGAGAAGCUUUACAGAAGGUCCUCACAAAUUAUCCCACACAUAGGGACUUUUCCAACCCUCAAGCAUUCCCACCCACGCCCGACACGGUUUCGUCUUCUACUCUUCGGAAACACCAGAACCUGACCAGCUCUCAAGAUAGUCUCUCGAAGCAAGCAGGAAAUGUUCCAGGCGAGGGCCUCAUGCCCAUCUAUGAUAGAAUCGGUAAUUCGAUUAGAGAACAGGGCUACCAGGCAUCCUCGAGCCAGCACGCACCCGUUGCGGCCUUCUCUGGACGUAGACAUGUACCAAUGCCGCCCAUCAAUACUGAUCUAGUUUCUGAUCUUGGCCAACUGGCGCGAUCUCUCCCGAGACGUCCUCACUCAGCAACCGAAACGACAAGCUCACGCGCCAGAGCUAACAGCGUAGGAUCGGACUCUGACUCAGAUGGCGGGGCAGAUGCCAGAUCUGAGGCAGAUAGCUUCGAUUAUUGGAUGCGAGAAAGUAUGAAACCUAACAGAUAUCAGGCGGAUACGUCAGGGCAGCGUAGAAACGGUCGCUCAACAUCUCCUGAUCUGUUCUCUUUUCCUGCCGACGCAGGAGGAUGGGAAACUGAUGUGAUCUUCGGGGCCCUGAAGGGCAGCGGUUAUCUAGGAUCACCAGUUUCGGCGCUAAAGCGUGAUCCCCUUGAUGAGAUGGCCAGCUCGCUGCAAACGUCACAAGCCGAUGUAUUUGAUCCUCCUAUGACUAGCCAAGCACCACCUACACCCGAUCGGCGAUCGAGUUUGCACGCACGUACGGGUAGCAGCAAUGCGGUACCUCCUUCCGGCGGAAGGUUGAGAAAGAGCCUUGCUAAAGGUCCAGGUAUGGGAUGGGUGGAUGGAAGAGGCAGAAGCAAUAGUAUCGACUCUGCAGCUCAAGCAUCUUCCUCCAAAAUGCAACCCCAACAACUAGAAACAACGCCAGGAAAGAAAAAUCAUUACCCGCCGAUUUCUGGGCAAGCCAAUAAGGGACGUAGUCUAGGUCUCAAUUCAUUUUUUAAGAGAUCUGGCUCGGAGAGCUUCAGCGUCCCUUCUAGCGCCACCGAGGCAACGUUUCCAGUCCCCACCCCUGCUCAAUUAUCAGCGCUCCCUCCGUCGAUGACCGUCGGAAGGCUCUCAGGAAGAAGUAGUGUUCCACCGCCAGCGACUAUGCCGUGGAGACCCCCCGGAGUUGCAGAUGACGACUUGACUAGUGCCACACCCCCUCCCAUCAUGCGUAGCCGGGGUCAAUCUCUGCUAGCAAAAACCGGUAGCGUUGAGAUCCCAGAGCCGGGCACACCGCAACAACAAGCAACCGAUGGUGUAACACCAACUACGCCAACCACUGCCAUACCUGCACAAGGCGGAAACGGAAACACGACGCCUGGUGGGGCGCAGAGUGCUGGUAGGAGGAAAUGGCUAGGUUUCGGAAGAAUGGGAAACGCAAAAAAAUAGGGCAGGUUAAGCAAAAAACCUCAUCGUUUGAAAGUAUGUACAACAGUCAAGGUCUUAACAAUAAAGGUCAACAUUUAAGGAUCAGCUCAAGCCGAAAAACUCCCCUGUUGGAAGGGAAUGCAGUAAUUCCAGAAGAAAAAAAAGAAAAAAAAAGAGAAAUGAAGAAAAGCAGAGUAGAUAACACUGGACGUGCGCAAGCACGGAAUCACACCCGUUGUACUAUAACCCACGUGUAAAAUAUUGUUUUCUCUUGGAAGCCGGCGGUCGUAUUGGCGUUGUUGGAGUUAUCGGAGUAACUGGAAGAAGGUGGAAUCGCGAAAAAAAACAAAAGGUCUUUGGGACAGCAGGUUUAAAAUAGGAUCCAUGGCAAUAACAGGAAGUGGCCGACAUCAGCCACGUGAAUAAUAAAAAGGUGCUUUGGCAAGUGUAUUGCACGAAGUAGAGGACAGUCAAGUAGUAGUAGUAAAUACUUGUGUCAAACUCAACGUACAUCCUAGAUAUAUUUAUAAAUUCGAAUCAUACCUACCUA